UUAUCUACAUGCUAAGAAUAUCAUUCAUCGGGACAUGAAAUCCAACAAUAUCUUCCUCCAUGAGGGCCUUACAGUGAAGAUCGGGGACUUUGGUCUAGCCACGGUGAAGGCUCGCUGGAGUGGGUCAUAUCAGGUGGAGCAACCCUCUGGGUCCAUACUAUGGAUGGCUCCAGAGGUGAUCCGCUUGCAGGACAACAACCCCUAUAGUUUCCAGUCUGAUGUCUACUCCUACGGUUCUGUGGUUCUGUAUGAACUGAUGACUGGAGAACUGCCUUACAGCAUGAUUGCUACUCGAGACCAGAUAAUCUUCAUGGUGGGUCGUGGCUACCUGUUUCCAGAGCUGAGUAAGCUGUAUAAGAGCUGUCCUAAAGCCAUGAAGAGGCUGGUGGCCGACUGCAUCAAGAAGUCCAAAGACGACAGGCCACUCUUCCCUCAGAACUACCACUACCCCUGA